AUGGCGCGCGCCGCUUCAAUAUAUCCACUCACUAUCCACAAGUAUUGCACCACUAUGAGCGGUUCCAAGCUGCCACAGGAGACUUCGGCUCUCCUCAAAGAAGAAAAGCUUGACUCCGCACUGGACACGCCUGCUCAGAACGGCAUGAAGCGCUCAGUCUCUCCUGACACUGUCGAGAAUAAAAGGCUCCACUCGGAGGAUCCAGAAUACGUACUUUCCAUUUCCAGAAGGGAGUCACCUGCUCCUUCUGUGGCUAAGUCGUCCGUUUACAAAGAAGCAAAACCUAUCCCCGCCUGGAUGAAAAGCAAGCAGCCGAAAGAUGAAGACAAAUAUGCCAAAUACGGCGGGAGAAGAGAAAAACCACCUCAAAACGAUCGCUACGCACGAUAUGCCGCGAGCGAUGACAGAUAUUCAAAGUAUGGGGCCAAACCACCCAGUGAAGGUGAUUCGCGAGUUAUUCGGAGAGAACCAGAACCUGAACGUCCGAAAAGAGAGCAUAGCACUAACCAAGAGGAAGAACCCGAAGGCGCGGCUGCUCCUUAUACGAGCAUUCCAUCAGUAGGAGGGAUGGGCCUCAAUUCAGAAUACCGAACAUUCCUGAGCAGCAUUACGCACAAGGAAAACAGAGAUAUAAACAGCAUUGUGCGCCAGCACUACAAUCAAAGAACUUAUCAAUCCAAGUUGCAGGGAUCGCGAACAAAAUCACCCAUCUACAAACUCCGAAACUUCAACAAUGCCAUCAAGUACAUGCUUCUUGGAAAUUUUGUGAAGAGACGCCUGGAGACAGCACCUUUAGUGCUUUUAGAUUUCUGUUGCGGCAAAGGUGGCGACUUGAACAAAUGUGAGUUUGUUCAUGUGGACCAGUACAUUGGCGUUGAUAUAAGUGAUGCUUCUGUCCGAGAGGCGUAUUCGCGGUAUUCACAGAAUAAGGCAAGGUUCAUUCCCCAAAAUCCAAGAUCCAAGCGCAAUAGGGAUUCCCGUAGGUACAAUUUCGACGCGUGUUUGGCAACUGGCGAUUUGUUUUCUUACUCUCUUCCAGAAAUUUUGGAGCCUAACUUCCCAGGUAUAAUGGAUGGGCUUUUUCCUGUCGACUGUGUGUCGAUGCAAUUUUCCUUCCAUUAUGCGUGGGAAACAGAACAAAAGGUCCGCACAGUGCUCACAAAUAUCACAAAGUCUUUACGUCCUGGAGGUACGUUUAUUGGAACCAUCCCGUCGUCAGAUUUUAUUCGCGAUAAGAUUGUUAAAAAGGACUUUACCGAUGACAAGACCUUUGGCAAUGACUUAUAUCGGGUAAGAUUCGAAAAAGAUCCGCCCGAGGAUGGCGUUUUUAGGUCACCAUUUGGAAACAAAUACGACUAUUUCUUAAAAGACGCGGUCGACGAUGUACCCGAGUACGUUGUUCCAUUUGAAUAUUUCCGUCUGUUAUGUGAAGAUUUCGGAUUGAUCCUCAAAUACAAGAAAAACUUCAUUGAAAUUUUCAAUCUGGAGAUUCCGAAGUAUUUUUCCAAGUUGAACAAAAAUCUUAUCGAUGGCAUGAAGCGUGCGGAUGGAAAGUACGGUGUUGAAGGGGACGAAAAGGAAGCUGUGGCGUUUUACAUUGGUUUUGUCUUUGAAAAGCUAGGUAACUAA